GGCUUUGCUUUGCUCCGGGGUUCCCUCCCCAAACCCUGAGCUCCUCGGGGGGGGGGAACGGGGGGGGGGUGGGGGGGCGGGGGGGGGCCCGGGGGGCCGCGCCCUCCCCCCCCCUGCCCGCCCCCCCCUGCCCUCCCCAGGCAUCCAGACGAGCCAGGACGCCCGUUUCUACGCCCUGUCCGCCCGGUUCGAGCCCUUCAGCAACCGGGACCGGGCGCUGGUGCUGCAGUUCACGGUGAAGCACGAGCAGAACAUCGACUGCGGGGGCGGCUACGUGAAGCUCUUCCCGGCCACUCUGAGCCAGGAGGACAUGCACGGAGACUCCGAGUACAACAUCAUGUUUGGUCCCGACAUCUGCGGCCCCGGCACCAAGAAGGUUCACGUGAUCUUUAAUUACAAGGGCAAGAACGUGCUCAUUAACAAGGACAUUCGCUGCAAGGACGACGAGUUCACCCACCUGUACACGCUGGUGGUGAGGCCCGACAACACCUACGAGGUGAAGAUCGACAACGGGAGGGUGGAGUCGGGGUCCCUGGAGGAGGAUUGGGAUUUCCUGCCCCCAAAAAAGAUCAAGGACCCCGAGGCCAAGAAACCUGAGGACUGGGAUGAGAGGGCCAAGAUCGAUGACCCCGAGGACACCAAGCCUGAGGACUGGGACAAGCCCGAGCACAUCCCGGACCCCGACGCCAAGAAACCCGAGGAUUGGGACGAGGAGAUGGACGGGGAGUGGGAGCCCCCCGUGAUCCAGAACCCCGAGUACAAGGGCGAGUGGAGGCCGCGGCAGAUCGACAACCCCGACUACAAGGGCAAGUGGGUUCACCCCGAGAUCGACAACCCCGAGUACAGCCCCGACCCGCUGCUCUACGCCUACGACAGCUUCGGGGUCAUCGGCCUCGACCUCUGGCAGGUGAAGUCUGGAACCAUCUUUGACAACUUCCUGAUCACGGACGACGAGAAGUUGGCCGAGGAGGUCGGGAACGAGACCUGGGGGGCCACCAAGGUGAGACCCCCCCGUGAGACCCCCGGGGAACCCCCUGGGGAACCCCCCCGGGGCCAUCGGCUGAGCCCCCUCAGUGAACUCCCCCCAGGACCCCCCAGGACCCCUCUGAGCCCCCCCAGAAUCCCCCAGACUCUUUGGUCACCCCCUUCCCCUCCAGUGAAGUCUGGAACCAUCUUUGACAACUUCCUGAUCACGGACGACGAGAAGUUGGCCGAGGAGGUCGGGAACGAGACCUGGGGGGCCACCAAG